CCGAGCGCCGGAAGCUGCUAGUUGCUCGGGAGCGAGCGACGAGGCGGUCUCGGGAGUCGGGAGCUGCGGCUGCUGCUCGCUGCGGGUUGGGCGCUGUAAGAUGGCGGACAUCUCUCUGGAUGAGCUCAUCCGGAAGCGCGGGGCCGCGGUGAAGGGGCGGCUCAGUGUCAGACCUGGAGUUGGCAGUGUUCGAGCGCGUGUCGGGCUCCAGCAGGGCCUUCUCAGCCAGCCCACACGCACAGCCACCUUCCAGCAGAGAUUUGAUGCCCGGCAGAAGAUUGGCCUGGCUGAUGCCCGCCUCAAGCUGGGAGUCAAGGAUGCCCGAGAAAAGCUUUUGCAGAAAGAUGCUCGUUUCCGCAUCAAAGGGAAAGUGCAGGAUGCCAGAGAGAUGCUGAAUUCCCGAAAGCAGCAGAGCAGCGUGGUGCUCCAGAAGCCCCGCCCAGUGGCCGAUGCUCGGGAGAAGAUCAGCCUGAAGCGAAGUGCCCCGGCCUCCUUCAUGAGCCCACCCAUCGGGACAGUGACCCCUGCUCUGAAGCUCACUAAAACCAUCCAGGUUCCACAGCAGAAGGCUAUGGCACCACUUCAUGCCCAUCCUGCUGGAAUGAGGAUCAAUGUUGUCAAUAACCACCAAGCCAAACAGAAUAUAUAUGACUUGGAUGAAGACGAUGACGUCAUAACUCCCGUUCCUAGUAAGCAGAUGAAAUUCUCAGCGUCAGGCAGCUUUCUCCAUCGUGUGGCUGGGGUGAGCAGUUCUAAGAUUUCCGUGGCCAAGGCACUCCCCCUCACCAAAGUGGUUCAGAAUGAUGCGUACACCGCUCCUGUUCUCCCUUCCUCCUUCCGAACAAGAGCCUUGUCUCGGACACUGGUGAAUAAGGAGGAACCCCCCAGAGAGUUGUUGUCUGCAGAGGUGAGAGGAAAGCCUAUCUUCAGCCCUCUGGAAGGCACCAAGAUGACUGUGAAUAAUCUUCACCCUCGUGUCACUGAGGAAGACAUCGUUGAGCUCUUCUGCGUGUGCGGAGCCCUGAAGCGGGCUCGGCUGGUCCACCCUGGGGUGGCAGAGGUGGUCUUUGUGAAGAAGGAUGACGCUAUCACUGCAUAUAAGAAGUACAACAAUCGCUGUCUGGAUGGGCAACCAAUGAAGUGCAACCUUCACAUGAAUGGGAACGUCAUCACUUCGGAGCAGCCCAUCCUGCUCCGGCUGAGUGACAGCCCCAUAGUGAAGCGGGAGAAUGAGCUGCCCCGCAGGGCGAAUCCCGCCUCCGUGGCCCACGCUCCGCCUGAAGUGGAUCCUGACACCAUCCUGAAGGCGCUCUUCAAGUCCUCGGGCGCCUCUGUGGCCACUCAGCCCACAGAGUUCAAAAUAAAACUUUGAGCAGGGCCAGCAGCCCGGAGGGGGGCAGAGCAGGGCUCUGCUUCCCACAGCAACACUUCUGACCAACGGGCCGUGGCACUGAGGCCCGAGCUGAGCCCAGGCGGGUGGUGGGUGGAGCCCCCUGCGCUAUUUUGCCCAGUGCUGCUUGGCACUCAUUCCCAUAGUGUUUUUCUCCCCUGCCUCGUCACCCAGGUAGGUUGUGUUUCAAUUGUUGCCCAGCCCCUGACACAUUUCAUUUCUGCCAGUGAAGCCCUCAGUCCUCUGGAUGGCUUUCUAGUGGCCCCACAGAUUGUGGGAGGCCAUUUCAAGGGUACUAAGGAUACUGCUUUCUCCAAGGGCAGGGAGCUGUCUUUUGUUUUUGUUUUUGAGUUUUUUUGUUUAUUUGUUUAAACCUUUGCUGACAAAUCUAGGAGUGGACGCCCUGCCAUCGUGGUUUAGUUCACAUCAGAUCGGGAACAGUGUGAGGGGUCUGGAUGGGAUCUGUCCCUGGUGGGCCUUUUGUCCCCUGACCAUAGCUGAUGCCACACUGUGUGGGCUAGAGAGCGCCCAUUGCAAGGGCAGGGUUCUGCUCCCUGUUUCCUCAGUGGAGGGCUCAGACUGACACAGUUCGUACUGCCCCCCAGCUAUGCCAGGGGGCCCACCUCUCUCUGAGCCUCGCUCAGGAUAUCCUGGCUUGUGGUGAUGUGCUCCACUCUCUCGCACAGCCAGUGUCCGCCCCCAUCCGUGACACUGUUCUGUUGGGAUUGUGCUGAUGACAGAUUUGGCCACCUCCUGGGUCUUCUGAUCUGGCCUCAGAUGUUUGUAUGACAGUAGUUGGGAGGCUGAGAGACAUGUCCAGCUGCCACCUAGAGGUGCCACUUAAGCGCAUUCCUGUUUAUAACUCCAUUAAGCCCAGAGGGUAUUGUAUUUCUGUGCCUGACAGUGGGAGGGGCAGGCGGGUAGCAGCCCUUCAGGCAGCUGGGGAAAGCAGCAGCCCCAGGGCUGAGUGCUAGGACAUUUCAGUCAUUCUUCCUGCUGAGCCAUCGGGACUGUUGUGGGAAUCCAGGCCCCUAAGAGAGGAACAGGUUAGAUAGCAGAAUGGCCUGGUUACAGAAUCAGCCGCAUUUCCAGGAAAAGGGACCCUAAACAUCCAGGGACUCCUGUGGACCUGCUGGCAGCCAGUGCAGCAAAGAAAAAUAUGAACACUCCUGUUUGUGCAGAGUAUGUUGUCAAGCAGUAAGGUGACAGGGUUGGCAUCUUGCUCUGAGGUUUUCCAGGCCCGGGAAGUCCAAGGAAUGUGGCUGCUGCUCCACUAGUUGUGGAGAGCUGCUUCAGCUCUCUGCCUCCCUCUGCGGGGACGGCUGCUUUCAGCAGCUGAAAGAUACUCUCAACUUUGUCCUUGGCCAUAAGAGCACCUAAGGCAGCGGGACCUGACUUCUUGGGGAAAGUGGAGGGUCGUACAUGUCCUGCCUGCAUGGCUUUCUUGCAGCUCUGCCCAGGCCGGGACACUGGCUAUGAGGUGGACCAAAUUAUCUGUACAAUCCUCUGAGUGGGGGUACUUUGUGGGAUGGUGUGUGUGUGUGUUUCCCUGUUCUACAGGAUGGCGUGGCAGACAGGGAGAAGGCGGUAGGCUAGUCCUUGCACCCUCCGUAUCGCACCCCACCCCAAACAUUCCCAUCAGUGUGUCGUGCAAAAGGAAAGAGGCAUUACUGGAUGGAGACUUCGUGUUAUUUACAUUUCUGAAUAAACGUUUGUUACUCCUA